GUUACCUUCUUCAUCAAACCUCUCCCUUGUACCAUCACUGUCGGGGCUUCUGACAUUGCCUGGUGAUUUUGCUAUCUCUUACUUACAAUUCCAUACCUUUUUAUCUCAUCUUACCCUGUUGUUGCGAUUUCUCGGCUUGCCAUCCGAAGCGUGGAGAAUCGAGUCUCGCCCGCCCCCAGAGCCGGGGUUUUGGAGCGAGCAUGUCGCUCGGUCACCACGCCUGGCCUCCGGGCAAUAUUCGCCCUCCGGAUGAGCACCAAGACUCCCCGCGAUCAGUCAAUGGCUUGGUCAAAACUCUAUCUGGCUCGCGAACCCCUCAAACACGCGGCUCUAUCAGCGCCGAUGGACCAAACCCCGGUAGUAUGACAUCGGACCCUGAUAUCGCAGCCGAGGAAGACCCACGCGUUGCCCAAUUUCGCGAAUUGUAUCGCCUGAGUGAGGCGAAAAUUAGCGCGCUCUUUUCAGAGGGCUAUGCCCAGGAACAGGUGGCCGGCGCCGCCAUUGCGGACUCCGAUCAGCCUGAUAAUCAAUCCGAACGCGUCGAUGCGCCGGCACCCCCUUCGAAGGCACCUACCAAGCCUGCCCGCAAACUCGACGACGACUAUGAUGACUACGACGAUGACGAUGAAGACGCGGAUAUGCCUGAUUCAACGGAGUCCCCUCUGAAAGCAAAGUCCAUCCCAGCGUCGCAAGAUUCCACCGUCACCGCGCUUCCGUCGCUACGUCCUGGCACCGCAGCUUCCACAAAUGUUGAAGGGGCAAAGGAACAAAAGAAAGAGACGGCGGAGGAUAUUCGCAAGAAGCUCGAAGAAGACAAAAAGGCUACCGAAGAAGCUGUUAAGCAUAGCUUCCAUACCAUGUUCUACACCCUUGAGGAUGACCGCUAUGCAAUGCUGGACCAACAGCGGCUCGAGGAGUCUGAACGCCAGGUCGAUGCCGAAAUUGCUGGCCAAAACAGUGGUGCUAACAACACCUCUGGUGGUUCCAGUGGUCAUGGUACACUCAGCCAGACGAACCUUGGCGCCUCAAGCCUGACAUUGAAGAAUCUACUUGCUCGGAUCGAUCAGAAGCGCGACAUGGUGGAGGCAUCUGACGCCGAGCUUCGUAGCCUGAUUCGCGAGGUCCGCAAGAACCGAAGCAAGUGGUACAACGAGGAACGCAUCGGCCAAGAGGAGCUUUACGACGCUGCGGAGAAGGUUCUUAACGAACUCAAGGCCAUGACCGAGAAUUCGGGUCCAUUUUUGAACAAGGUUAACAAGCGUGACGUGCCUGAUUAUCACCUGAUUAUUCGGCACCCAAUGGACCUCGGAACGAUGACCAAGAAGCUCAAGGCUUUUAGCUAUCGGUCGAAGCAAGAUUUUGUGGAUGAUAUUAAUCUCAUUUGGGCGAAUUGUCUCAAGUAUAACACCGAUCCAAAUCAUCCCUUGCGCAGAAAGGCCGUGAUCAUGCGCAAAGAAACCGACAAGCUUGUGCCUUUGAUCCCGGACAUUGUUGUUAGGGACCGAGCGGAAGUUGAAGCUGAAGAACGUCGUCAGCAACUUGCUGACCUCGAAGAUGGAGGUGAGGAAAGUGACGAUGAACCGAUCAUGUCCUCUCGAGGACGAAAGGCCCCCGGCAAAACCUCCCAGAAGGGCACGGCUCCUUCCCGUAGCACCCCCAGUGGCUCUGAAGGCCCUGCCGGUGCAUCUUCCAGUCAGCCCCCAGGUCCCGUUCGGGCUGACUCAGAUACGGCCAUGGAAGCGAGCCAGAACGGCUUCUCAACCCCUCCUCCCGGUUCUAAUACCCCCUCCGACCCAGCGGGGGCUGGUGCUGGUGUUGCAGCGAGCCAGUUGGGUGACGCUAUGGAAAUCGAUGGCCCGACAGCCGACAUCACCGCUCUGAGUGCCCUGUCAAUGCCUGGUCUUGAAGCCGAAGACCCUGAGUACAAGGUGUGGAAGCAAGUCACCAAGAAAGAUCGAGCUCUGAUUGCCGCCGAGAGACAUCGCCUCUUCAAGGGCGACAAGCUUAACGCUGAUGAGCCGGCUUUGAUUCGUACCAAGGCUGGCAUGCGCCGCUGGCUUCGUCAUGAGAAGCAAGCUGCUAACGAGGGCGAGAAGACUCAGGACGCUGGCUCUCAGGCGAUGGAGCCCGAAGCUGCUGGCGCAUCGCUUGCGGAGGGUAUCGAGGUUGAGGAAGACAAGAUGAUUCCCUAUUACUACGACGUCAUGCACGGCGUACCGGAUCUCCCGUCUCGCCUUGCCUGGAAGGAAGAUGCCGAGGGAAACGUCGUCGACACCUCUGAGGAGUUUCUCCGGGUUCUUCCUGCGGGAAGUUUCACGCAGCCCGAUAGCAAACUGUCACGCAAGAUAGAUUCCAACAUGCGGCAGAUGCAGGAUACGCGCAAGAUUUGUUCGAAGAUUGGCAUCGUGAAGCAGAUGCAGCUUCAGGCUCAGAUGUACGCGAACCAAUUCCAAAAGUAUAAUCCUGAGCCCUUCGUCGAACAGGACAUCCCAGCUCACGUUAUGAACGAUAACGGCCCCGUCAUGACUACAGGAGUGUGCCGUGCGGCGCUGCAGCGAUCGGUUGCCAAGAUUUUCUAUCAUGCUGGCUUCGAGGAGUACCAACCCUCAGCCAUCGACGUCGCGACUGAUAUGGCCGCUGACUACUUCCACAAGAUUGGUCAGACCAUCAAGUCUUACAUGGAAACUCCAAAGGUUCCUGUCACUGAAUCCGAGGAUGCUUCGUCGUCUGCCGAAUGGAAGUCUGCAUACAGUGAACCCGAGGUCGUCCUUCAUACACUUUCUGCCGUCGGUAUGGACAUUGAGGAGCUGGAGCUUUACAUCAAGGACGACGUUGAACGGCUCGGAACUAAGCUCACGUCUGCUCAUGAUCGCCUCAAGUACCUCUUCACCGAGCUUCUGCGCCCGGCUCUUACGGAUGUUGGCGAGGACGGUUCCAAGGCCUUUGCCGAUGGCAGCGACCAGUUCGUCACUGGAACCUUCGCGGAUGACAUCAAUGACGAUUUCCUUGGUUUCAAGGAACUCGGUCUGGAUGUGGAGUUUGGUAUUGCCUUCAAUAGCGUGCCGCUGCACUUGCUGCCGAGCCGCAUGUUCAACGCAGCACAAGCGCAGAACACCACGGCGAUCCAGACCGAGGACUCCUUCCCGCCGCCGCCUCCCUACGCUCGAAUCACCACUGAAAACGUCGUGAACCAGAUCGGGCUGGUCCAGCAAUUCCUCAAGGGCAAGCUGGAUGCAAAUAGUGACGAACCACUUGUGGAAGAUCUGGAGCUGCCUCUCAAGCAGCGACACAUGCCUGCCAAGACCCGUCUGCCCGCAUCUGGCAAGAUCCCUCCCCCGGCUGGUGUCCACGGAAGCACCUCGAGCCCACAGAAACGCCCGGCACCACCCAACGCCGCCAUCGCCAAGGCCGGCCCGUCCGAGCCGAGCAAGAAAAAGGCGAAGAAGAACAGUGGCGUGGCGCUCGAGAUGCCGAGCUUUAAUGAGGGGGACGCGGAACAGAUGGACGCGGGCGAUUCGAAAGAUCUUAUUUCGGAUAUGAAAGCAAUGGACGACGCCAACAUGCCUGAUGGUGAGGCCAGCGCCAGCCAGCAAGAUCAAGCAAGUAUUCCCAUGACUAAUGGGACUACUGCUUGAUCGUAGGUAGAUUCCCCGUUAUGUAGAACUUGUUUUCGACAUACAUAACCUUCUUCCAUUCCUUCCUUCCUUCCCUAAACUCCUUCCCUCUCGUUCAGCCCUUUUCUUCGUCAUAGCUCUAAUGGCUACUUUCACACCUGUUUCAUGUGCAGUGGGCUUAUUGCUCACUUUCUAAUGAUAUCAAGGGGCUUUCUCCAUUUACUUUCCAUCGGCCAUGAUACCCUUGGCCAGAAUGAUAGCCACUUAAGUGGGAUUUAUAUGGAUGUCUCUACCCGUGCAUUGUAUUAUUUUGUUUUCUUUUCCUUUCUCUGCGCUCGGGGUUGGUUAUGGUGCACUGGUCAUACCCACCUCGCUUGUAUUCACUUCGAUAUUCAUCACUAUGUUCGUGUACAAUAACAAUACCAAGUGGAAGCUGGCUCCGUCAUUGUUUUGGCUUCAGCCUGUCCGCGUCAAUUGAAAAUACCCAUUUCUCUGAGAUUUUCCCCCUACUUUCUCCAGAUGUGGAGCUUGAGAUCCUAUGUUCUCUGACGCUAUACCGGAGAACCCUUUCUACUGCAACGAAGGGACUCGAUGCCAUCAUUCUGAGUGCCUUGGUAUAGAGCGCCCAUCAUCCGAGUUAGUAUACAACCAUGACACGCAGUUUAAACUACAAUAAUAUACAUUUAGAAUGGAAAAUCUUCAACUCCCGACAGUCAACCAUUCUACUCCCGCCGACCAAUCGUCUCCAUCCCAUCCAUCCACGGCCUCAAUACCUCCGGCACAACGACAACACCACGCUCCGCAUCCCACCCGUUCUCCAAAAUAGCAGCCAACACACGCGGAACGGCCAUCGCAGUUCCGUUCACGGUGUGCGGGAACCGCGAUUCCUUGGGCGCACUACCACGUACGCGCGUCGCCAGUCGGCGGCUCUGGUAGUCAGUGCAAAUAGAAGCAGAGGUGACCUCACCCCAAGCAGACUCCAGUCCCGAGACGGCAGGGUCGAUGCGACUCGUUGAGUCGGGCGUAGGGCGGAAUCGUGAGGGGAAGAGAGCCUCGAUAUCACGCUUGCGGGUUGCGCUUGCUCCGAGAUCGCCGGUGGGCAUUUCGAGGACGCGGCAGGGGAGGUGGAGGGAUGUUAGGAUCUCGGUUUGGAUGUCGAGGAGUUCGGCGAAGAGGGUGUCCGAUGUGGGCUUGGCUGCGGCUGCGGCUGCGUCGGAGGGCAGGUUAUCCGUCCACGCAAAGAGCUCGACUUUGGUGAACUCGUGGACGCGGUAGAGGCCCUUCGUGUCGACGCCGCGGGAGCCUGCUUCGGCACGGUAACAUCGGCUCGCGCCCACGAGCUUGAUGGGGAGUUCGGAGGCGUUGAUGUCGCGGCCAGCGUACAUUGCCGCGAGUGGGAUUUCCGCGGUUCCAGUGAGCGAGCGGGGGGGUUUGGUAUCGCGGUCGCGCUCGUUCUGCUCGAUUGACCAGAUUUGCUGCUCGUUGUGCUGGUCGCGCGGUUGGAAGCCGCAUGCCUCGGCGAUGUAGGAGUAGACGAUCGAGGGCGGGGAGACCGUUUUCCAGCCGCGGCGGCGUGCAACGCUCAAGGCAUAUUGGACGAGCGCUUGCUCGAGCAUGGCGCCCUCGUUGACGAGGAAGUACCAGCCCCAUCCCGUCGUGGUGGCCGAGCUUGUAAAGUCGAGAAGACCGAGUUUGGUGCCGAUGGUGACGUGCGACCGAGCUGGGAGCUCUGCGGGGGACUGGCGAGUCCAGGCGGGUGGUGAUUGGGGAUCGAAAUGGAGGUAGUGAACGAGACGGGGGUCGUCGCCGAUGGGAGUUUCGGGGGACGAGAGGUUCGGGAGGGACAGGGCCAGACGGUUAAUUUCGUCCGUGCAAGCAGACUGGCGGACCGUCAUGGCAUGCGACUCGUCCUUUAAACGCUGCGCUUCUAAUUUCAGAUCCCCCAAUUCUUUUUUCGUAGCCGAUCCUUGUUCAUUGCCCUCUGUGGCGUUGGUUGAAGCAUGUCGCGCCGCAAUGGACAGCUUCGCUAUAGUCUUUUCCAGCUGCUUGAUCUGCGAGCGCGGCGCCUUGAGACCGUGCUCAAGUUGUCUGGCUUCAUCGGACAAAGCCUGAAUUUUGGAUGGGUACUCUGCAUGGCCGGCAUAAUUCCUGACUAUACAAUUCUGCGCGUAGAGCUCGGCAUUCUGGCGGAUGUGCUUCACAUCUGGCGUGGGCUUGGGUGCUGUCGCGGGACGCAGGAUCUGCUGGUGACGGCGGGUCGUCGCGAAUGAGCGGUAUGGCUGGAGUCGAGGCAAUGUAUUUCGAGGUGCCAGUCUGCAAUUGAAGCAGAUAUAGGGGGAGGGGGAGGGCGCCAUUGGCGAGGCGGUUGGAAGAGUGAAGCAGUUGGAGAAAGCGAAGAAGUGGAGAUCGUCGGGCGGGUUUGCUGGGUGGAGCCAUCAAUGGCCGAGAGCUAUGG